AUGUUGGCCAACACAGACAAGAUGCUCUGGGAUGAUCCCUUGGUCUUUGAUGGGUAUCGAUUUGAGAAACUGCGCGCCAUCGGUGACAACGAGCAGAAGUUUCAAUUGUCAUCCACUAGCACGUCGGAGCUGAACUGGGGAUACGGCACCCAUGCAUGUCCGGGCCGUCACUUUGCGAGCAAUCAGAUCAAAGUGCUUAUGGCGGCCUUGCUCUUGCGCUAUGACUUUCGAUUCGCAAAGGACCAAAACUCAGACACGGAGUACAAGAGGCCAUCCAAUGUGGUGGAAGGGGUUCGCAUCAUGCCAAAUCCGAAUGUUGAGGUCUUGAUUCGAAAUCGAGUCGAGAUGUAG